GCUGCAGCGGCCGCGGCGCGCCGAGGGUGUCUGGUUGCAACCAGCGGGGCGGGCGAGCGGCGCACGGGCUGCCGGCCGCACACACUGCGCCGGCCGCGGGAGGUGCCGCCCGGGGCUGCCCGGGCGCAGCCGCGCGAGCCUGGGCUCGCUGAAGCGCCCUGAGCGGCAGGGCGAGGGGGAGCCUCCUCCCCGGGAGCUUUUGCCUUUGCGAACUCCCGCAGCGCGUGUGCUCGAGCAAGGAGCCCGGGCUGCCUUUGCUGCCCCCCCCCCGCAGCCCCGGGAGAGGGAGAAACUUUGAGGCGUGGGAGGGCUGCGCUGGAAAUGCUGGCGGGGAAGGGCGUGUGAAGGGAAGCCUCCGGCACCCCCGGGGCUGCGCGGGGAGAAGUCCGCCUUCGGCGAGCUGCCCGGCGCGCCGCUGGCGUGUGGAGGUGUCCACGCGCGGACUUGAACCGGGGAGGAUGGAGAAGAAAAGCAUGGAUCAUUACCUGCGGCGCCUGAAGCAGGAGCUGUUAUCCAUGAAGGAGGUUGGAGACGGGCUGCAUGAACAGAUGAACUACAUGAUGGGUGCCCUGCAAGAGCUGAAACUCCUCCAGGUCCAGACAGCUUUGGAGCAGUUGGAGAUUUCAGAGACUCGAAACAAGGUUUCAGGCAUUGGCCCGCACCAGUGCUGUCGAAAUGGCAGAGAGGGGCCCAGAGCCAGCAGGCAGAACGAGAGGUUGCUGGGAAGGAGAUCUUUGGAGGAGUGCAGCUCCAUGGCGUUUGCACACUCCACCCAGGUGCCACAAUCUGCCAGCCGGUUUGGCCCUGUGACUUUACCGGACAGUAGCCACCACAGACACGUGGCUUAUUGCAAAGACAGUUAUCCUACGAGCAGACCUUCUUCAGCUCUGACCACGGCAGAGUACUGCCCGCCAAGGAAAUUUGAGUCAGCCAGUGUGGGCACAAGUGGGAACCAGCUUCACAGAGAGUCAGACAGCAUCCCUCAGACUUUGGGUGGGAGUAAAUUGGGAUGCAGAGAAUGCCAGGUUUCUGAUGAGGCCAAUGACUGGACUUCCUCGCUAAUGUCUCAGAGCAGGAACCGGCAACCUCUGGUUUUAGGGGAUAAUAUCUUUGCAGAUCUGGUUGGGAACUGGUUGGAUCUGCCAGAGCUGGAUAAAAAGGGGGAGAAGAACGAGACUUCCCUGUCCAUCAGCAGGUCUCAGGAAUUCUACAGGAAGUUUUCCCUCACGGCCAACAUCUUCAAAAAGUUCUUGAGGAGCGUACGGCCGGACCGAGAUAGGAUCCUCAAGGAAAAACCAUGUUGGCUCCCAGCAGAAGACAGAGAGACUGAAAUUUCAAAGAGAUCCAAAAAGGUGAGCAAACAGAAGGGGACGUUUUACUUCCCCCUCCAUGGGAACCUACAGAAUGCUCACAGCAAAAUGGAGAGGUGCCCAAAGGCAGAAGCUAGUAGUGACAAAUCCAAGAAUUGUGCCAAGAAGGUCCAUGGCACCACAGACCACACCCAGUCAGGCUUUGAUAUGAAUACAGCCGUAUGGGUCUAA